AGCUAAAGUUUUCUUUCAGUUGCCGUUCGGAGGAACAGACCGUCAAAACAAUGGACAUUGACGAAUAUGACUUGUAUACAGCAGGCACUGAGGGUCAAGAUGCUGGACCAUCUCUGGAUGACAUCUAUCAGUCAUACUUCCUGCCAGAGGAGGACAUUUAUACAGCUGGUGAUGAAAUGCCACAACCCUCAGCACCACUGGAUAUCGCUAAAUUUAAAAUCAAAGUGGACUGGACAGAACCAUUUCCAGAGAGAUGGAGAGCUAGAUUACAGAAAGCCCUUCAGAGCUGGUUGUCCAGACUGGAAGGAACAGCAUCAGUCCACAGCGUUAAACUCAUGGAUGAUCCAUCCUGUGCAGAGGUGCAGAUAACACCAUCAACAGCUCUAAAGGUUUUAAAAUAUCACAGAACAGCAUCUCUUCACUUUAAAAAUAUUAAGGAUGGUAAAGUUAAAGGAGAUAAGGAAGUGACUGCACAGAUUUAUCUGGAUGAAGCAGAUUCUGUGACUGUACAAAUGUCCCUGCUGGAGGAGAACAAAGCUCCAUCAUCAAAGGUGAACAGAACCAAACCUGUGACUUCAGUAGUAUCAGAAGACACAAACAAUAGCGAGGAUGUUGCAGCGAACAGAGCUUCAAACGAUGCUGAGAUCCCAAAAACAUUUAAAAGGACCCCAGAGACCUCAGCUGGAUUUACUGUCCCCCUCCAUCAGUUCUGGUACAUGCUUCAUGCUUACAGAAAGGAGAUAGAGAAAAUUGAGAAACAACAUGGAGUCAUUAUGCAUGCAGAAGUGUCAGUCUCAUUCAUAUCCACCCAGAACUCAAGCCCUGAUUCGGUCUCCAAAGCCUCUGAGGAUUUUCGGAAUCUUGUCACUGAUUGUGUGGUUCAUUUUAGUGAUGCUGCCAUUAAUCAUAAUGACAUGAAUUCAGAUAUUGUGAAGGAGGCAAUUCAUACCAUCCAGUCAGAGGAGGCAAAGUUGAUGUUGACCAUGUCUGCCAGCGACUGCCGGUUCUUAGGACCGAAUAAAAUUACAGACAUGAUUAAAAGAGAGACAACAAGAGUGGAACAACAAUUCAAAGACAAAUCAAAUGAAAUGGAUGUAGAUAACAAUGUUUCUCCACAAAGCAGGUUUUCACUGGAAAUGGACACUAAGGACCUUCCAACUCAACUUGAGAUGGACAAGGUUCAUUGGGAUCUGAUGAAUCUUUCCUAUAAAGAACAAUUAUCACAGCUUGAAACAAAGUAUGGAGUGUCAUUGCAUGAAGACAAAAUGCAGAAAAAUUUAAUUAAGGUUCAAACUCGAUCUAAAGGAGUUCAGCAUAUUAAUCUGGAUAGUCAUGCCCUCAGAGCUUUAACACAACUCUACCAGAAACUUGCCUCAGCCACUGUCAGCUGUAAACUCACAAACCUUACAGAUAAAACUGACGUGGCAGCACUAUUAGAGAAACUUCAGCAGCAGCAUCGUGUUGUUGCAGCAGCAGAUAGACUCAGUCCCUGGAGGCUUGUUGGACUGCCAGAACAUCUCGGUCCUGCCAUUGCUGAAAUUGAGAAGACACUUCAGAGGAAUGUGUUUGAUGACAAAAUGAAGAAAUUGAUUGGUUACUCAGGUGACAUUCCUCACACAAGAAAAAUCAACUGGAAUCAGAUGCCUGAUUAUGGACCAGGAGCAGUGGGUGGAGCAGUACAGGAUGAGGGAGUGAAGUUUAGAGGGCAAGGCAAAGCAGAUGCUGGUUUCAAUGAAGAGUCAAAAGACAAUUCUAGACAUGAGAGUAAAGGUGCUCAUGCUGAAGAGGAGACAUGUACUAUUUGUAUGGACAGCUUCACCAACAAGACAAAACUGAAAUGUGGGCAUGAAUUCUGUCAGGAAUGUAUAAGGAUGUCAGUGGAGAGUCUGGGAUCCAUCUGUCCUGUGUGCAAGGAAGAAAUGACCAGCCUGAUCUUUACUGUUGGGACCUCUACAACCUCCGGUUUAGAGAGCGCUGUCACCUGGAAUGAUAUUCAUCAUAAGAUCAAUACACACGGCGGGCCUCUAAAGUAUGGCUAUCCAGACCCUGACUACCUGAAGAGAGUAAAGGAUGAGUUGAAGGCCAAAGGCAUUGAAUGAAGAUUUUAUUGAUGUUCCCAAAUGCACAUCUAAGCCAAAUGUUUACAAAUAAGCCAUUGAUUGAUUAUUAUAUUGUAAUAUACUUAUUUUAUAUAUAGUGACUUUCAGAAGUAUUCAGACCCUUGACCAGUUUACUGAAAAACAAACUAUUGAACUCUUGUUCGGUGUGAAGCAACUCUUAAAUCUCAAAAUUAAUUAUUUGAAAGCAGGAUUGGUUUUAACAAAAUAAAUAAAAAACUAAAAACAUACAAUCUUCCAAAAAAUGCAACCCCCUCUGCUCUGGAGAUCCAUGUUUACAC